AUGCUGAAGACUAUCGAGCCUACUCCACGCACGUGGUCCUUGCGCUUCAAACACGGCCGCACCACGGUGUUGAUUGUAGUUGAUCCACUGCAAUCGCUAUCUGAUAUCCGAGCGGAAUUGCUCACGGCCCUUCAACAGGCAAGUCCCAGUGGCAAAUUGAAUGGUCAUGACAUUCCUCAAAACCCGGAUGAAAUCAAACUGGGCAUCCCAGUCAACAUCAACGACCUCAGCGAAGGGUACAUUUUGCUCGAAAGGCAAGACUUGGAUGACGAAGAUGCUGCGCCCAAAGGAAAGGGGAAGGGCAAGGCAUCCGCAGCGUCGGUGAGGAAGCCAGGUGCCUCAACUCUCAAGGCGUGUCCGCAGGGCGUCGGGAUGCGAGAUGGCGGACUCGUGGCUUUCAAAUUUGCGAGCGAAGAAGAUGUCGCUGAGACUGAAGCGGACGAUUUUGCGAUCGUUGAGGAGAAGUGGAAUGUCACUGUGCCGACUAUGGAAGAUACCUACGAGAACGACGAGGCUAGUAUCCCGGACGACGAGAUUGAGGUGCCAGUGUUGAACCGCUAA